AUGCCGAGCGACCUCGACGGAUCGACUGAGCCAAAACGGGACGACGACCUGCAGCUCGGUUUCGAGGCCCCCUCAUCCGACAUGACGGCCGUCGCGUCAUGGCUUGCCUCCGCUGGGGGGUCCGGCCUCAUGCGCGUCCUUUCACCAUGGUCGUCCAAACCCGCUAGCCAGCCCGAGAAACUGAGGCCAACGGCAUACCUCGACGGCUUGAGAGGGUUUGCAGCAUUCUUGGUUUACUGGCACCACCACGAAUUAUGGGCUCACGUGCCCCCUCAACUCACGGCCUUGGAAUCGAGUUUUGGCUUCAAGGGCCAACACUACUUCGCCGCCCUCCCUGGUGUCCGCAACUUUUUCCACGGCGGCCACUUUGCUGUGGCGACAUUCUUCGUCAUCUCCGGCUACGUAUUGUCCGCCAAACCCAUUAGCCUCAUCCAGGCGGGAGACCAGGCAAAGCUGGCCGACAACCUCGGCUCAGCGCUCUUCAGGAGAUGGCUUCGGCUCUACAUUCCAAUCCUUGCCACAACCUUUAUUUACAUGACAUUUGUUCAUGCUUUCGGAAUAUGGGUUGAUGGACUGGAUGCCAAAUCCACCUACCUGCAGGCAGCAUGGGACUGGUACGCCGAGAUCAAGAACUUCAGCUUUGUCUUUAACUCAGGCCAAAUCGGCUGGCUGAGUUACAACUUCCAUUUGUGGUCGAUCCCCAUUGAGUUCAAGGGCUCCAUCGUCAUCUACACCGCGUUACUCGCCUUUUCGCGAUGCACCCGCAACGCCCGCCUGUGGUGUCAGGUUGGAAUCAUUUUCUACUUCCUGUACAUCGCCGACGGCUGGUUCUGCGCCCUUUUCACGGCCGGCAUGCUCAUCAACGACCUGGAGCAACUGGCCGCCAAGGACGACUUACCCUCCUUCUUCGACCGGUUUAAGCCGCACAAAACCACCAUUUUUUACACCCUGCUCGCCAUUUCCACGUACCUAGGUGGCUGCCCUGCUCACAGCGCGGACGUUGCGGAGCUUCGGAAGAACCCUGGCUGGUACUUCCUCUCGUUCCUCAAGCCCCAGGCCGUCUUCGACGCGAAGUGGUUCUACCUGUUCUGGGCGUCUGUCCUGCUCGUGGCGUCGACACCGCACAUCGCCUGGCUCAAGCGCUUUUUCGAGACCCGCUUCUGUCAGUAUCUUGGCCGCAUUUCGUUCUCGCUGUACCUCGUUCAUGGCCCGGUGCUAUGGACGCUCGGCGACCGCCUCUAUGCGGCGGUUGGUUGGCCCAAGGACUCGCGGAUAACCAAUAUUCCUCAGUGGGUGGAUGUGUUCCCACUUCCCAAGACGGGGCCGCUAGGAUUGGAGAUCGCCUUCCUGGUACCGCAUAUCAUCUUGCUCCCUGUCACGCUGUACCUCGCAGAGGUGGUUACAAGAGCAUUUGACGAGCCUAGCGUCAAGUUCCCGCAGUGGUUCUACCGGUCCACCACGACGGCGGCACGCCCGGCAAGGUUGCCCGCGUAA